AGGGCCGAGGCCGCCGCCCGGAGCCGCCGGCGGGGCCGGGACUGGGAGCGGGACCGGGAGCGGGGCGGGCCCUGAGGGGAUUCGGCCCCGAGACGGCCCCGAGCCCGCCGGGUGAGGUCGGGGCGACGCGGCUGUGCGAGUCUGACCUCUGCCUGAGGGCACCUGGGUGGGUGGUUCGCCCCCGGAGGUUUCUGCGUGUUGGUGGUGGUAUUGCUUGCUGCGGUUCCGCUUGUUUCUAUAUACGGCGUAUCGAGCAUGGGAUAUGUACAGAGAGCGCUGUGUGGGGUUUAAGAAGACUAAAGCUUCACUAGAACGGUGACUAGAAUGGACAGUUACUUUAAAGCUGCAAUCUGUGACUUGGACAAACUACUUGAUGAAUUUGAGCAGAAUACAGAUGAAUGUGAGUGCUUCAGAACUCCUCAGAAUCCAUAUGACUCAAAGUUCUCUUCAGUCCUGGAUUGCUUGGAUGCACACCCCACAGCAGAGCUGCCAGAGGAUCCUGCUGGAUGUCCUGCCCCGGAGGAGAGCUCUCUCUGUGCCCCUGCAGGCACAAGUGACGUGCUCAGCUUCUCACCACCCAAAGAGAAGGGUGUUGCUGGGCCUGACCUCUUGUCCACUGUGGACAAAAGUAGUGCCCUAAAUGAAAUUCAGGCCUUGAGCCUGGGAAGGCGUAGCGUGCCUGUGUGUGAUCUUGUCAGUGACACAGCGAAUUUAAUCCCCUCAGUGGCUGCUCCAGAAGGGGCCCAGGAGCUGCGGCCGGAUGAGUUCCAGUGCAGCCAGGGGCCCGCUGGCUGUGGCGUGUCUUGUGUCCCCAUUCCUGCUUGUGUGACUUCACCUGGCUGCAGCAGGGCUGCCAGCACACAGCAGAGUGAUGGGCACUCGGCGUUACAAGAUUCAGGGCAUCUUACAGCAGAACAAAUUAAUAAUUUUGCUUUAAAACCAGAGAGUUAUGCUGCAGGAGCAGUCCUGGGUCUGUGUGAUGACCAACACAGGACAGAGCCUGUAAAGUGCAAUGAAGUACUCAACCACCCUGGACAAACUGCUGCUCUGGAUACUGAAUGUGUCACUGUAACAUCACAGAGUUUGAAUGCACACAGUCCCAAAGACGAGGAAGCCUGUGAAAAACUGCCAUUGGAACCGCAAGACGACAGUGCACGCUCUGCAGCAAGCAAAGAGGCGUAUGGAGGAAAUGCCAUAGGAAAGGUAGACCCAAAGGAUGGCAGCAAUGCUGAUUCCAUGCUUUCAGAUCUGCCAAAGAUCCUUCCAUUACACAACAGCAGUGCAGCAGUACCUGGAAGUUGUGUCUUAGCAGGCUCCUCGUGUCAAAUAGGAGCUGAAGUAGAAUUGGAAAAGAAAGGCACAGAAGAGAAUAUAGAUAGUGAAGAACGUAAUAGCAGUGAGAUACUAAGCAGUGUUUCCAGUUCGUGUGUGUCAGCCGAGGAUGUCCAGACGUCUCUGUCUUGUCUUUCCCUUCCUGUGUCCAUGUGUGGUUCACUAAUUGUAACAGAAGAAAAGGUUAAUCCUCUACCUCAAAAUGCAGUGGUGGAGGUUAUUAGUGAUACUGUAGCUGUCCAUGCUGGAGAGUCUAAAACUCAUCCCCCUGGCAGGGAAUCCACUGAAAAUAGUAGCUGGCAUGAGCAAGAAGAUGUAGCUGAAAUCAGUGAAAGUAUUGCAGAAGAGAGUAGGGAUGGAGAGAAGUGCAAUACUGAGAAUGUAGUUGAUGAUAGUGAAUCUCAGCAAAUCAAAGCUUUUGCUUCUGCUUUUCUAGACCUUGGAGCUGAGCCAUAUGGUUCUGGUGUAGACACUUUUUAUGAUGAGAGCAUGAGCUCUGUUAUGGCUGACUUUAGUGCUGAGGAGAAUGUUAUUAAAAGUGAUAUUCUAAUAAGCGACGCUGAGCUUGAUGAUUUCUUGUAUGGUCAAAGUCUGCAGCCCAGUGUGUUGAAGUCUUCAGACAAUGAUGGUAACUUGGUGGAAGCUGAUGCAGAUGGAGGGAGUUUAACAGAUCUGAACAACCUGGAUUUCACAGAGGUCAAUGAAGAACUCAUGCAAACAAAACUGGAGGAGCUAACGAGCAGUAAUAGUAACCUUGAAAUAUCUAUUCCUGACAGUGAAGUGGAAGCUGCAGCAGAGGUCAGCACAUCUCAAAGUCAAGGCAUGACUGAGAGUGGCAGUGGAGCUCUGGCUUCUGAUGUUUGUAUUAAAGGUGCAAGACCAAAGCAGCUGCGUGACCUUUCCCAAGGAGCUGCUGGUCAGAAACAACUGUGUAGAACAAAUAUACUUGAAAGAGAAAACCAGGAAUGCAGCUCUGUUCGCCCAGAAGCUGCCUCCUCUGACACCAGUGUAAGUGUUGGUAGUACUGACCCUGGGGAAGGCAGCUCUGAAGCUGGAGGAAAUCAAACAUCUGAAAGCAGUGAGCCAUGUAAAGCACCUGCAGCUCUGCCCUGGAAACAGCCCCUGUGGGUCCCAGACUCGGAGGCACCCAACUGCAUGAACUGCCAGGCCAAGUUCACCUUCACGAAGAGACGACACCACUGCCGAGCCUGUGGGAAGGUUUUUUGUGGUAGCUGUUGCAAACGAAAAUGCAAACUGCAAUACAUGGAGAAGGAAGCAAGAGUCUGCACUGGCUGUUAUGAUGAUAUUAAUAAAGAGGAGGCCCAGUUACUUGGGGGUGCCAGCGCUCCUUCACCAUCUGCACUGCUGCCUAUCUCAGCACUUAAACAACCUGGCCCUGAAGGGCUGUGCCCCCGAGAGCAGAAGAGGGUUUGGUUUGCAGAUGGUAUUCUGCCGAACGGAGAAGUGGCAGACACAGCCAAGCUGUCCUCAGGAGCAAAGAGGUCACAGGACUCCAGCCCAGAGAAUGCAGACCUGCCCGAGAUGCCCACGGCUGCAAACCCAGAGGAAGAUGAUGUGGUAACUGACAUAAAUGAAAAACUGAUGGAAGAAAUAGAUACGAUGACAAGAAUGGAGGAAUUACAUGCUUCUGUUCCAUCAAAUGGUGAACAGCAGGCUGCUCCAGCCCAGAGUGAGGCAGCACCCCGUUACGGAUCUGCCAGUCUGGGAGCUGGAGAGCGUGCCCCUGCAGCAGCAGAGAGCAGCCCCAGCUCAGUGGGGCAGAGCACACAGGCUGUGCCUGUCUCUGCUUCAAGUUACAGAGCACUGUGUGGGGUAGAAAACUGGGUGCGACGAGAGAUCAGCCUUCUUCCUGAUGGUGAUCAGCUGCCACCACUUCUGCUUGCACUGGGUGAAAAUGGGAAAGAUCUUCUGGUGGAGGAGCAUCCAUUUCACCAAAAGGUCACCUUGCUGCUUGAGGAAGGAGGUUCUAAUCCAUUGACUUUUAUUCUAAAUGCAAACUUGCUUGUCAAUGUGAAGCUAAUAACAUAUUCCUCAGAAAAGUGCUGGUGGUUCUCAACAAAUGGACUGCAUGGUUUGGGUCAGGCAGAAAUUGUCAUUCUGUUGCAGCGUUUGCCAGAUGAAGAUGUUUUCCCUAGUGAAAUAUUCAAAUUAUUUCUUGACAUCUAUAAAGGUGCAAUGAAAGGAAGGUUCAUAAAAAAUAUGGAAAACAUUACUUUUACAGAAAACUUUCUCAGCAACAAAGAUCAUGGAGGAUUCCUGUUUGUUUCACCAACUUUUCAGAAACUUGAUGAUCAGAUUCUACCAGAUAACCCUUUUCUUUUUGGCAUUCUUAUCCAUAAGCUGGAAAUACCCUGGGCAAAGGUGUUUCCAAUCCGUUUGAUGUUGAGACUGGGAGCAGAAUAUGGGGCCUAUCCAACUCCUGUGGUCAGUGUCAGGCACCGGAAGCCACUUUUCGGAGACAUUGGACACACAAUUAUGAAUCUACUUGUUGACCUUAGAAAUUACAAGUAUACUUUGCAUACCAUAGACAACCUGUUUGUUCAUGUGGAAAUGGGUAGAAGCUGUAUUAAAAUACCUCUGAGGAAGUAUAAUGAGGUGAUGAGGGUGCUGGAUUCCUCUAACGAACAUGUAAUUAGCAUUGGAGCCAGUUUCAAUACCGAGGCAGACUCUCACUUGGUGUGUGUGCAGAACAAGCAGGGCCACUAUCACACACAGGCCAUCAGUGCCACGGGACAGCCCAGGGAAGUUACAGGUGCAAGUUUUGUGGUGUUUAAUGGAGCCUUAAAAACAUCCUUAGGACUUUUAGCUAAAUCCAGUAUAGUUGAAGAUGGGCUAAUGGUACAAAUAACACAAGAAACAAUGGAAAGCCUACGUCAGGCAUUAAGAGACAAGAAGGACUUCAAAAUAACCUGUGGAAAAGUGGAUGCAGGGGACAUGAAAGAAUAUGUAGAUAUUUGCUGGGUAGAAAAUGAAGAGAAAACAAACAAAGGAAUUUUAAGCCCAGUUGAUGGAGAAUCAAUGGAAGGAACUCGGAGUGAAAAACCACCACAAUACAGAGGCUUCAAAAGAGAAGGAAAAGUUAUGAAGUGCACUGAAGUUUACUAUUUUGCAAAGGAUCAUGAACUCUCCAGUGCUGUUCCCCACGAGUUUGCAAAAGAGAUUGCCAUUGCCUGCAGCACUGCUCUUUGGCCUCACCUGAAAACCUUGAAAAAUAACGGGAUGAAUAAGAUAGGACUCAGAGUUUCCAUUGACUCAGACAUGGUUGAAUACUUAGCAGGAUCUGGAGGACACCUUCUCCCACAGAGCUACCUGAACGACUUGGACAGUGCUCUGAUUCCUGUGAUUCACAGUGGAAUGUCAGACCCUACAGCUCUGCCACUGAAAAUGGAAUUAGUAUUUUUCAUUAUAGAGCACCUGUCCGGAUGAGGCCAAUUACAUGCACGUACUGAUUUGCUAGAUCUGAACACCAAAGUUGUAAUGCUACAAACACUAAAAAUGUUAAAGUUUCUAAACCUUUUAUGUUUUAAUAGCUUUUCAAACUGUUUUUUUAAGGCCCCUCAGAUCCUCCCUGCGUGCUCUACCACAGAAGAGUUCGUUGACACUGAAUGCAGGUGCAGAAGAGUGCAGGCUUUGUUACUCACACAGCUGCAGCGCUUGUGGUGUGGCGUGGCUCCGAGUCACAGGAUCUCACCUCUUACCCCCACACCAGUGUGAGCUGGGGUUCUGUGUGAUCCCUGCGUGUGCUGAACGCGGGGCAGGGCUGGCCCAACCCGUGUCCUUUCCACGGGGGCUCAGACCCAGCCCUGCUGCAGCUGCCUGGAGCCCGUGGGCAGCUCUGGCAGCGCUGUGGCUGUGUGGAUGCACACCUCACUGAGGUCCUUACCUGGGGAUGUGAUGCUGGUGCUUCAGGAACAUAUGCUCUCAAUAUUUUGUAGAGUAACUGUUUUCUUUCUUGUAUUUAUAAGGAUUUAUCUAACUUAAAUGGAUGCUAUUUUUAUAAGAAGUGCUUUUUUCUUUACUCUGUGUUCAGAAUUCCAUACACAAUUUGACCUUUCAAGGAUUAGGAAAAAACAGAUUACCCUUGAUGUAAUCUACAUGUAGCAAUAAGUCAGACAUGAAUUCUGCAGUAUUUUUUCUGCUCCUGUCUACUGCUUUUGCCACAUUUUAGUAGCCACCUUUGCUUUCAGGGAGAACGGAUGCAUUAAGUCUGAAUUUUCACACACAGGUUGAUUCUAGUGGAAGGCAUCCCUGCCCGUGGCAGGUGGGGUUGGCACUCUUAAAGGUCCCUUCCAACCCAAACCGUUUUUAGUGUACCUGAGGUUCUUGCAUAGGAUGUAUUUUUUAUACUGGGUCAUUUAGAUCUAUUUAUGUAUUUGUGAUGCAUGUGAUUUGUACUAAGGUUCAUCAAACUGCGGUUGGGAUUUGGUAGCGGCCACACAACUACUUGUCAAGAACAGAACCAAAACUAAAUAUAUACAAGAUCUAUAUUGUUUUCAGUAAAAAUGCUGGUACAAUUUUAUAUUGAGAGUAUUAAAACUUGGAUGCCUUCUUGAUGCUAAUAGGGGAUAUUUUAUGUUUUUGUAUCAAAAACAAUUUGUAAUUUAACCUGAUCUGCUCUGGUGUUACGUGUGCUUUAACACUCCAGUCCUAGAAGGGUUCAGGCAUUGAGAUCUUACGCUGGAUGGAGCUGAGCUGCAUGUCAGCUUCUGUGCUGACUUCUGAGAAGCUGCUGUUGGGGAGAAGGGCUGAACGCACGCACAGUACAAACAAAAUGUGUCCUUGUUGAAAAUAAGCUGCACCCAGGCACUUGAGGGAGCCCCAGCAAGAGGCUGAAGAGUGUUUUUGGUCUGUGACAGGGCCAGGGCACCUGAAGGAGCAGCUGCCUCUUGGCACUUAACCUCUACUAACUCCUUUUCAGUAAUGAUCAAUAAAGUUAACUACAGCACUUGCAA